UUCAGAUCGGUUCGGAAGAGAAGAGGGAGCGAUUCCCUAGUGGGCGAGUGUGAGGAGAAACAUCCGCUGUCGGAAACAGCGAGAUCCCCCUUUUUGAGACCCCCAGUACAAGAAAACAGUCAAAACGAUUUAUCUCCGGCCGUACAAGGACAUCUUCCCGGGCGGUGGCCAUAACCAGUUAAGCUCGUUAUAUCCACAGUCCGUGAUGGAACGUGGAGGCGGAGCGGGAACUGGUGGUGGAACCGGCACCGGGCUUGACUCGAUGACCGACACCAGCGGGCUGUGCCUGCAGGAUCUGGUCGGGAAUGGAGGCGGCGGCGGUGGUGGUGGCUCGGGGGGUGGUGGCGGAGGAGGUGGAGGGGGUAAUACCAAUGGAACCUCGGAUCACCAUCUGCACCACAACCACAACAGUCACAACCACCACGGGUCGCUGCACGAUUCGGUUUCCGGCGUCAGUGUCAGUUCGGCACUGACCAGCCUGAUGAGCCCGGGAAUCAACAGCGGGCUGGGCCAUCUGCAUCAUGGUACGCCGGAUCUCAGUGCACAUCACCACCAUCACCACCAGCAUACGUCGUCGGUGCUGCACGAGCCGCUCGAGAAGCUGAAAUUAUGGGCCGAGACGGGCGACUUUCGUGAUAAUAGCCACAGUGCAAUGUCGGCCGUGACCAGCAUCGACCACACGCAGAUGGGCUUCCAGUCGUCGACGGGGCGGAACCGGAGCAGUCGGGAUCGGAAAAACGACGUCACACGUGUCGAUCCCACCUCGGUGAAGACGGAAAACAUCAGCAGUGGCCUGUCCCACGACGACAGUGGUAACGCUCCGGGGACGACGAUAACGGGCGACGGCAGCGGCCAGGAUCAGGGCACCGGAGGCGGAGGUGGCGGCAAGAACGACAAGAAGAACAAACGCCAACGACGCCAGCGGACACACUUCACCUCGCAGCAGUUGCACGAACUGGAGCAGACCUUCAGCCGGAAUCGCUACCCGGACAUGUCGACCCGGGAGGAGAUUGCCAUGUGGACGAACCUGACCGAGGCACGAGUUAGGGUGUGGUUCAAGAACCGGCGGGCAAAAUGGCGCAAACGGGAGCGGAACCAGAUGAACGCGAUAGCGGCGGCUGACUUCAAGAAUGGCUUCGGGCCGCAGUUCGUGCAACCAUUCGCCGAUACGGACAGUCUGUAUUCCUCGUACUCGUACAACAACUGGGCCAAGGUGCCGUCCCCGUUGGGUGCGAAAUCCUUCCCCUGGACGGUGAAUCCGCUGGGGACGUCGAUAGUGCCGACGAAUCAUCAUCAAAAUUCCAUAAAUUGCUUUAACACGUCGGCGUCUUCGGUGGCAGCCGGGAUGGGAACCGGAACGAUGCUGACGGGCAGCAUGGGAACCAGCUUGGGCGGUACGAGCGGAGGCACCGGGGUAUCUCCAACGCCUUGUCCGUACACGACGCCCACCAAUCCGUACAGUAUGUACCAUCACCGGGCCACGGCGGAGCCCUGCACGGCGAUGACUUCCAGUAUUGCAACGUUGAGAUUAAAGGCGAAGCAGCACACUUCCGGUUUCUCCAGUCCCUACUCGGCCCCGUCGCCCGUAUCAAGAUCUAACUCGGCCGGUCUGUCCGCAUGUCAGUAUGCCGGAGUGACGGACACCGUCUGAGAAAACGCCCUGGGCAGCAUGCUGUCCCACCACUCGUCAUCCCUGGCCGUGUACAACUCCAGCAUUAGCAGUGCCAUCAAUGCCAUCAACAACGGAGGCUGCACGGACAAGGACAACAACCCCACGGCAACGGGCGGCGGGUUGGUUGACGACGACGAUCUGAUGGUACCGGACGAGGACGAUGACGAUCACCGGCGGAACAAUGUGGACGAUAUUCACGAUUGAACACGGCGCGAUACCUUCCCAGUGCCUAUGCCUGUGUAUCUCUAAUCUUUGAGGUUUGAGUGCAACUUAUCUUAUCCCCCAUUCUAGAGUUCCGAAAUCGGCGAAUGAUAAAAUUUUUUUUGGCAGCCAGCGACGGCGGCCCUGUUCAAAGCGCAAAUUUGCAUCAUCGCUGCUGUUUAUUUUUUUCCCUGAGUGAGUGAGUGAGUGGUGUGCGUACCCGUUAGGAACGUUUAUAAAUCAGCCCCGAGAAUGUCUCGUUUCAACGGGUGCCCGCGGAAUCAUCAAAGACCUGUCGUUAUCUGUGAACACCGAAAGGGAUUAAGUCCGGCUUACGGUGCGCUCGGUUCCGAAAACGACGACGACGACGACGACGACGACGCCUCUAUCGAUUCGAAUUCGGCAGCUGCCGUGAUGCGACGAAUUUUGCGGGGGGAAGUGGGGGCAGUUGGGGAGCUGAUUGAGAAAUUGAAUGUAGAGGCACCUAGAUGGUGCCUUCCGUAAAUAGAGCGGACGAACUUGUGACAGAAUUGCGACUAGCGGGGCAAUCAGGGCUUGGGGGGAUCGGUUGCGAUUUCGAUUGGUUUCGGAUGUAAUCGUACUAAAUGUGGGGGGACUUUGCAUCCGAUGCUGAUAACAAUCGGUGCAGAAAUGUGCCUAAUUUCCUGCUUUAGUCUUAGCCGAGGACCAGGGCAUCAUUAGCAGUUGUGGAAGUGGAGCUAGCGGACAAUGUGGAAUUAUACAUUACACGCUAACUUGGAAGUACCCAUUUUGAAGAAAAGUGGCUUACUUAAUUAAUCUGAAAAAUUUACAUUAGUGAUAUUUCAUGAG